CAAUCAUGAGUAGUGGAGAAUCAACCACUGCAGUUGCAGCUGCAUACUUAGACGACAGUGUAAGUUGGAAGGCAUUCAAGCUUGAUUCUCGAUUGAACCAGGCUAUUGAGCAUUUGGGCUUUAGAACCCCAACCUUGGUACAAUCCAAUGCCAUUCCUCUCGCAUUGGAUGAAAAGAGAGAUAUCAUUGCCAAAGCAUCUACCGGGUCAGGAAAAACCGCUGCUUACUGUAUCCCAAUUAUACAGAACAUAUUAACGGGCAAAGACAUCAAAGAGAUCCAAAGUGUGAUUCUUGUGCCCACCAGAGAGUUGGCAAAUCAAGUUCACCAAUUUAUCAUUAAGCUUCUCGUCUACUGUGCUAAUAAAAUCAACGUCAUAAACUUGUCAAGUAACUUGAGUGACCAAGUAAUAAACUCGAUGUUGGUCAACAAACCCGAAAUCAUCAUUUCCACCCCUUCAAAAUUGAUCCAGGUUUUGGACAAGGCAUCUCCUUCCAUUAGUCUUGCCAGUGUCAAGAACUUGACCAUCGAUGAGGUCGACUUGAUCUUAUCCUACGGUUACAAAGACGAUGUAAUCAAGUUGGAGGAAUAUCUUCCUAUCAAGAAGAACCUUCAGGUGUUUUUAAUGUCCGCCACCGUUAAUGACGAUUUGAACGAACUCAAAGCAAAAUUCUGUUCCAAACCAGCAAUCUUGAAAUUGAACGAUGAAAACAUUAGUUCCAACAAAUUGGUACAAUACUACUGUAGAACCACCGAGUUCGAUAAGUUCUUGUUGUCGUACGUGAUCUUCAAAUUGAACUUGAUCAAGGGAAAAACCCUCGUGUUUGUCAAUAGCAUUGAUAGAGGGUACAGGUUGAAGUUGUUCUUGGAGCAAUUCGGUAUCCGUUGCUGUAUAUUGAACAGUGAGUUACCUGUCAACUCCAGAUUGCACAUUGUGGAUGAGUUCAACAAGAACAUCUACAACUUGUUGAUUGCCACGGACGACACUAACGACACUAACGAGAAAGAAGUAGAAGACUCUACUUCCAACAAAAAAGAUAAGGUGAAAAAAGACAAAGAGUACGGUGUUUCAAGAGGAGUUGACUUCCGUAACGUUGCAUGUGUGUUGAACUUUGACUUACCUACAACGUCCAGAGCGUAUGUUCACCGAGUAGGAAGAACUGCAAGAGCCGGAAAGUCUGGUAUGGCAUUAUCAUUUGUGAUUCCCGACAAGGAGUUUGGCAAACACAAGGUUGCUAGUUUGAAAACUGCCAAGCGGGACGAGAAGAUCUUGGCCAGAAUAGUCAAGCAACAGACCAAAAGUGGGUUCGAACUCAAACCCUAUCAAUUUGAUAUCAAACAAGUGGAAGGGUUCAGGUACCGUUCCGAAGAUGCGUUUAGAGCCGUGACUCAAACCGCUAUAAGAGAGGCAAGAGUCAAGGAAUUAAAGCAGGAGUUGAUCAAUUCCGACAAGUUAAAGAGAUUUUUUGAAGAAAACCCCCAGGAUUUGGUAUCUUUGAGACACGAUAAAGAGUUGCACCCAUCGAGAGUGCAAACCCAGUUGAAGCGAGUACCUGAAUAUUUAUUACCUGAAAGUGCCAGAAGUGAUCCCCAGAAAAUCGGGUUUGUUCCAUUCCACAAAAAGAUCCAUAAGAAGGGUAGAAAGAAUAAGCGCAAGAAUGACCCAUUGAAGUCGUUGAAGAUGAAGUAAAAUUAUAUAAAUGCAUUAAUAUUUAGGAAUAAUGAACACUAUCCCAACUUUGAGAGCACCAAGUUCCAUAGUAAGUUGGCCAAACAUGUCGAUGGGAACAUCAACGAGGGGGGGAUGAAUGCAAAUACAAGAAUGGAAAAGAACGGCCAGAAGCAGUAUGAAACUUUCAAUGACUUGAGGUAUAUUGUCCUGGUAUUGGCAGUGAUUUCUCCAUGAUCCCACAAGGCACUCAAGACAUUGAAUAUCAAUUGGAAGAAUGGCUGCCCUACCAUCUGAUCAACGACAAUUUGGUAAAUCAAAUCGUCUACACGUUCCAAUAACAUGUUGUACCAUAAAACCGUAAAUGAGCCGUUGAUUAUACCCCAGACCAAGAACUUGCAGAUCUUGUUGUAACUAAGUUUCCUCCGCACAAACUGGGUAAUGGACUGGGCCAACAUGGCGGUGGAGCCACCAAGAAGGGCGGGUCCCAACAAUUGGUAGUAGGUGGAUAAAUCAUCAUAAAUAUUAUACACGGCCACAGACAACACAGUUUCCACUAGUAAAUUGAUCACCAAUCGACGUAAGACGUACUUGGGCGUCGGAUAAAGCUUGGCGUCCAACCCGUGUCGCAAGUCUUCUAGCGGUUGUUUGUUGAACCCUUUCAAGUCUUCUAAAGGUAUUGGUUCGGACAUUCUGGAAAGGAGGGUGCUGUUCAAAAUACGGCACCACCUUGCGAUUUUUCAAUCAAGGUUUGGUCGUGUGAGCAACACCGAUACCUGCACGUGUAUAUGUCAAGAUAUAUUGAUAUUCCACAGUACCAUUUUAAAAGAGGAAACGAAGGAGGUGGUCAGCCCACUAUUGGUUUAUGCAUGUGAUAGAGACGAUGUUGAGCAAAGUUCAUUGAAGUCGUAAUUAAAAAAAUGUUUAGGGUGCUGCAAAUCAAAACGAGAACCUGAGACAGUGCAAGAACUAUUUAUAGAAAUGUUUUAAUUUUCACUCUGUUCGUCUACUCACUGGGGUGCACAAAUUCAAAUUGUGUGUUGAUAUCAGUAGCAACAGAUAUUCUUCGUCUCACGUCUUGUACGGGACUUUAUUUUACCAGACAUUUGCUCUUUCCGAAUACUUAGAACAAAUUCUGCAGAAGUUGGGAAAUAUACUUACUCCAUGCCCGUCAAGAGUAGAUUAUUCAAGGUCUGGGACAUCAACCCUCAAACAUUGUAAACACUUUUUUCAUCAAUUUUAGGGGCAACUCUUGAAAUGAUCGGUAUAUCUGUUCGGAGCCCGGCAUCUAGCUUUUGCAGCCAUGGUUCAGAAGAGGUGCUUGGUUUUGAAAAUGAGCUUCAAAACGAGUUUCAGGAGGAAUCUGCGUCACUC